UUUCGAAUGUACUGCUCUCGACCUGUUGAAGUUUUGCCACUUGUGAGGUGCUCAAUUUAGUAAUACCUACGAAUGAAAUUUGUGUUAAAUAAGGUAUUGAAAACAAACAAAUUGAUUAAUUAAACCGAUAUCACCAUAGUAUAUUUUUAAAAUAAACGUGACUUUAAGUUAAACAGUGAUCACAAUUACGGUCUUCGACAGAGAACACACACAACAGAGACGUCUGGUCUACUUUACUGUACGCAAGCAAAAUGUGUCCGUUAUGGCCGAUGCAUCUCAUCAUACUGUACCUGCUGAUGCUAUGUCCCCUGUGGGUGCUGUGCCAGGCCGCCCCGGAGUUCCUCGCCAGCUUCACCGCUGACACCUUCGAAAUGCAUAUGGACGACAGUUACUUCGUCUACGUUAACAUUACAGGGAACGACCUUCAAUUGGAAGACAAGUUUCAGGUGCGGACAGAGAUACCGCACGUUGCGACAGCGUCAUGGAAUUCCACGUACGACAUAACUGACGCGGAACUGGAUAAAGGACACUUCUAUGGGAGAAUAAAAGUGGACUGUAAAUUCUUAGGAAGAACGGAUAUGACUGUGGAGGCGAGUAGGGGUGGAGCAGUGCACCCGGUCACGAACGGCACCGUGCCUAUCGUGGUGAUACGCCCCGUGCGGGUGAUCGACACCGUGUUCACCACUAGCGUUGCAGUUUUUGUAUCUCUGAUCUUCAUAAACUUCGGCUGCGCGAUGCACUGGCCAACGGUAACGGCGUGUCUAAAGAAGCCAAUCGGACCCGCUAUAGGACUGGCUGGGCAGUACCUCUUCAUGCCACUGAUAUCGUUCGGUCUAGGCUUCCUUAUAUUUCCGGACUCCCCAGCACUGCGUCUGGGGAUGUUCUUUUCGGGAGUGUCCCCCGCUGGUGGGGCUUCCAACAUCUGGACCUUCAUCCUCGGAGGAAACCUGGAUCUCUCGCUGGCUAUGACGUCUAUAUCUACCUUGGCUGCUUUUGGUCUCAUGCCCGCGUGGCUGUUCUCCCUCGGCCAAGUGGUGUUCGCGAACGCUAACAUAGUCGUCCCGUACUUGCGUAUCGGCAUGUUCGUGAUCGGUCUAUUCAUCCCGCUGGCGAUUGGCCUCGCAAUGCAGCGGUUCACGCCCCGGAUAUCCGCUUUCAUGGUGCGGAUCCUCAAGGGGUUCUCCACUCUGCUGCUGCUGUUCAUCAUCACCUUCGCGAUAGUCACCAACCUGUAUAUCUUCGAGCUGAUGACUUGGCAGAUCCUGGUGGCCGGUAUGGGAGUGCCCUGGCUGGGCUACCUGGCUGGCUACUCGGUCGCGCGGCUGUUCCGCCAGCCGCACCGCGACGCGCUUGCCAUCUCCAUCGAGUCUGGCAUCCAGAACACUGGCAUCGCGAUCUUCCUUCUGCGAUACGCCCUGCCACAACCCGAGGCUGAUAUCACUACAGUGGUGCCAGUGUCCAUAGCCAUAAUGACCCCGGGACCUAUGAUAUGCAUUUUCAUAUAUCAGAGGAUAAAAGCAUGCUGGGGAUGUAAGCCAUCAAAAAUCGAAACUCAGACCGCAAGAAAAUCGUGGGAGACGUCACACCAGUAUCAGAGGCCGCUGAGCCCGGCGUCGUCUCUACCAUUGAUGUCAAAUAAACAGGAGGAAAAUUGGUCAUCAUCUUCGUAAACAUCACAGCUAGUUUGCUCACAGCAUUAGUUUUAAGUGGAAAAUGUUGAAGUUCUAUCACUUUUAUAAGUUACAAAGAAGUUUGGUGCGCUCAAAAAUAUGUCAGCCAAUCGUAACCCCACCAAAUUUACGCGCGAAACGGCGUGGAAUGUUAUGAGCGAGAUAGCAUCAGUCUCUGUUGAUAUAUUCUAAAUCUUAAUGUUAAUGCAAGAAGGUUUAUAUUUCAUUGGUUUUUGUUAUCGUAUUUUGGAGCGUUAGCUUAAUCUGUUUUGCACUAACGAGUAUUAUCGAGGUAGUAUAAGUUAUUUAUUGUUUUGAUUUAAACCUUAAUGCAAAGCCACUAGGUUUGUAUUAUACUGACCUAUAUUAUCCUUGGCCUGCUAAUGAGUAUUGUCGAAAGCAAAGUUGUUUAUUGUUGUAAUUUAAACACUAACGUAAACCCGCAAAGGCUAUAUUACACUGGUGCUUACAUGCGUUUUUGUUAGCAAUAGAUUACUCUUUUUAACACUAAUUAAUGUUGUCAAGAUAGCAUAAGUCUCUCGUUAUUGUAUUUCAAAUCUUAAGGCAAAGCCAUAAGGUAUAUAUUACACUGGUGCUUCAAUAAGUUUUUGUUAGUUGAUUACUCCUCCCACUAACCUGUUUUUUCGUGAUAGCAAAGUUGUUUAAUCUUGUAAUUUAAACUUUAACUUAAAGCCGCAAGGUUUAUAUUCCACUGACGCUUAACCAUCGCUGUUAUUAGCGUUCAAUUUAUCUUUUCUGCGCUAAUUUUAAUUUAAACUUUAAUUCAAAGUCACUAGGCUUGUUUUUCCUUGGUGCUUUGGUCAAUGUAAGAUUAAUCUUUAUUGCACUUACAUAUAUCAUCGAUGUAACUUAUAAAAGAGUUAGUAAUAAUUAUUGUAAUGAAAUGAUGAUGUAAAUGAUGACUUUACAGUGAAAAUAAAUUUCUGCCAAUUUCAAUAUGUAAUUAUAUAUCAAAGUAAAAUUAGGUUAUAGUGAUAUAUUUCUUAUUAACUAUUGGAUAUAUCCAUUAUAUAUUAUCCGUCAAAUGCCGUAAAACUAAGAAAAUAAUUCGAAGCAUUUUUUUUGCUUUGAAUUAUUUUAUUGUUGUUCUAUUUUAAAGUAUAACUUCAUCGUUUAUUGUAAUGAAAUUAUAUUGUAAUACUUUACAGUGAAAUCAAAUUUCUGCCAAUUUCAAUAUGUUAUGAUAUAUCAAAGAUAUAUUUAUAUGUCUCAGAAAAAUUAGGUUAUAGUGAUAUAUUUCUUCUUAUUACAUAAAAAAAUCAUUUAUUUCAAGUAGGCCUAAUACAAGCACUUUUGAAACGUCAAGUCUGUCUGUGUGUAGUGACUCUACCACCGGUUUGGAAUGCAGAUUCUACCGAGAAGAAGCCGGCAAGAAACUCAGCAGUUGCUCUUUUCCAACAUCAAAAAUUUACAUUUUACAUUUUAACAUUCGAUUUACCUAUUGGAUAUUAUCAGUAAAAUGCCGUUAAAUUAAGAAAAUAAUUCGAACCACUAUUUUUUUUAUGAAUAGUAUUUAUUUGGAAACGUAUAUUUUCGGUCGAUUGUACUACUUUUUUUAGAAUUUUAUACGAUUUUUAUGAAUAUUCGGAACGAUGCUAUUGCUCGGUUGGUCCUAAAAUGACAAUAUUUUGGGUUAUAGCCAGUGAACGAAGAGACAGUCACCAGUGAACUAAACGCAUGCGUGGCACAGUUUAGAAGCUCCUCCCACCACGGCUAAAUUAUCGUUAAGCUAUUUGGGAAGGAAUGCUUCUAUGCUUGUUUCGUCCGCUGGGUUCAGCCAAAUUGCUUUCGUUGUCUGAAAAAUGAUAAACAUUGUAUAUAUCCUUGACAACCUUGAUGACCUCCCUGGCGCAACGGUGAGCGCUGUGAAUUUAAGUAGGAGGGCCCGGAUUCGAUUUCCGUCAGGGUCAAUUUGGGAAUUAAUAAUUUCUGAAUGCUUCCAGUCUGGACUGGAAGGCUUUGACCGUGGCUAGUCACCACCCUUUCGACACAAACGCGCCGCUAAGCCAUAUAGUGUUCCGGUGAGUGGUCGCGUGGAAACCGAUUAGGGGUAUGACUACUAUACUCCCUAACAGGUUAGCCCGCUAACAUCUUAGACUGCAUCAUCACUUACCACCAGGUGAGAUUGCAGUCAAGAGCUAACCUGUAUUGGAAUAUUCGGCUCAACCGUUGAACCGAUCUUGAUGGAGUUUUGCAAAUAUGUAGUUUCACCCUGAAGAUGGACAUAGGAUAAUAUUUAUUCCGGAAAAGUUGUGAAGCGGGAUUAAAAAAACAUUUGUUACCUGUACACGUUAUUACUCUUUGUUUUUAUCGUUUUUUAAACGACAUUAAUACAUGUAUGUGAUGAGAAUAUAAUAUAAUAAGUGCAUUUAAAAUAAGCCUUCAUAUGUUUUGGCUUAGUAUUGGCGUAUUACAAAAAAAAUGCACUUUCGAACGAUUUUGCAGUAAAUAAUUUCCAACAUCUUAAGGCGCAAAUUUUUAAAUGUUUUAGACAUACAAGAAUCCACCCACCGGCUUCUCCCACCAGUGGGUGCAAGGAGAAUACAUAUUUAACCGUACACCCACUGCAUUAGGGUAGGAAUACAAUGUCAAAAUAUUUCGAUAAGUCGGGUUCUAUUAAGAAAUUAAAAUAAAGUUCUUUAACAAAUCCUUUUUAUAUAAGCUAUUGGUAUUGUACUAAUUUUUUUCUCGAAAAUAUGAUAUUUUUUACAUAUCAGCAUACUUUGUUUACAUAUCAUAUAUAUGUUUGCGUAUCAUGUCAUACAUAUGCGCAAUCUUUGAAGUUUGAAGACGUCGGUUUUUUUUUUGAA